UCCACCAAUUGAGACGCCACACCGCGCCGUAUCUAAUGUUGGCACGGUAAUCCCCACACCGGGUCUCCGUUGAUUCAGAGAUCAGAGGCAAAAACGAUGUAGCUUUAAACCUCACGCGGUCAAAGUUGUUUACCUCUUCGUUACCUCUGACGUCACGACACACCCCUGUUUGAGGGGGGCGGCUCUCGGCGUUACGGGCACCGGGGCCGACCAAACAGAGCUGGGCUUGACCGAAAUGUCACCAACCGCAACACGGGAGACACGCCGAGCCCACCCGUGAUUGGUUAUCGGAGGGGCUGGGGGGGAAAUCCCUCUUUCCCGUAGAGGUCCUGAGGAGGGGGGCGGUGCAUAACAAAAAAAAAAAAAAAAAAAAAAGUAAUGGCCAUCUAUUUGGGUCCUGAAGAAGGAGGGAUAUUUCUCGUCGGACUACCGUAGGUGUGAUUUAGUUGUCUCAGUGUUAGCGAGUGCGUUUAACCGUCAUUGAUACCUUCGUUGUGUUGUAGCCGUUUUUUCCGUUAAUUGUCCGUUGCCGGCGGCCGCAGAACGGUUAAUAAGCUGGCAGAACUAGGUGCCGCGUUUUAGGGUUAAAGCAGCCAGCUAGCCCCGCUAACGUUAGCUACUACCAGCGUUGCUGUGUGUGUGAGCCAACGUCUGGAAGGGCGUAAGUUACGAGUUUGACGUUUUCUCCCCCAAGUCUCCUCACAUUUCUGAGUUUGGUACAACGCGGUCCUCUCUCCUCAAAGCUACCCCACCGAGUCAACAUGGAGGGGACACACUUUCCAAGAGCAUGAAAGAGGACGACGAACGGCGACUAAAGAGGAUUAAAAGCAACUCGCUCUUGAUGGGGGAAAAGUUGAGCUAAGGAUUAACAACUUGGGAUUAACUGAAGAGAGGUUUCAAGUCUUACCUAUUGUACAAGGGCAUGCUAACACCUCAGUGAUGGAGCCCACGGUUGUGAGUACGUCCACUCUGGCCCCUGAUGAGUUCGAUAGGAACAUUCCUCGGAUCUGCGGCGUAUGCGGUGACAAAGCCACCGGCUUCCACUUUAACGCCAUGACCUGCGAGGGCUGCAAGGGUUUUUUCAGACGCAGCAUGAAGCGCAAAGCGUCCUUCACGUGUCCCUUUAACGGCAGUUGCACCAUCACCAAGGACAACAGGCGCCACUGCCAGGCAUGCCGGCUCAAACGCUGUGUGGACAUUGGCAUGAUGAAAGAGUUCAUUCUGACAGAUGAGGAAGUACAGAGGAAGAAGGACCUGAUUCAGCGGAGAAAGGAUGAGGAGGCACAGCGCGAAGCGGAGAGGGAGGCACGGCGGCCCCGGCUUUCUGAGGAGCAGAGUCAGGUCAUCGCCACGUUGGUGGAGGCCCACCACAAAACAUAUGAUGACUCCUACUCUGACUUCUGCCGUUUUAGGCCUCCUGUGCGCGAGGGCCCAGUGACACGUAGCGCCAGCAGAGCUGCCUCUCUCCACUCUCUAUCCGAUGCCUCCUCUGACUCCUUCAGUCACUCUCCAGAGUCAGUAGACACCAAAAUGAACUUCAACAACCUGCUGAUGAUGUACCAGGAGCAGGGCAGCAGCCCUGACUCCAGUGAGGAAGAGGGCUCCAGCUUCUCCAUGUUGCCCCACCUGGCUGACCUGGUCUCCUAUAGCAUCCAGAAGGUUAUUGGCUUUGCCAAGAUGAUCCCCGGGUUCAGGGAGCUGACUGCGGAGGACCAGAUUGCCCUGCUCAAGUCCAGCGCCAUUGAGGUGAUCAUGCUGCGCUCAAAUCAGAGCUUCAACCUGGAAGACAUGUCUUGGAGCUGUGGUGCGCCUGACUUUAAAUACCAGAUCAGUGAUGUCACUAAAGCGGGCCACACUCUGGAGCUGUUAGAGCCGCUAGUGAAGUUCCAGGUGGGCCUGAAGAAGCUUAACCUGCACGAGGAGGAACAUGUGCUGCUGAUGGCCAUCUGCUUGCUUUCUCCAGACCGCCCAGGUGUGCAGGACCACGCACGAAUCGAAGCCCUCCAAGACCGGCUGUCAGAGACCCUACAGGCCUACAUCCAGCUUCACCACCCAGGAGGAAGACUGCUUUACGCCAAGAUGAUCCAGAAGCUGGCCGACCUGCGCAGCCUUAACGAGGAGCACUCCAAGCAGUACCGCUCACUCUCCUUCCAGCCGGAGCACAGCAUGCAGCUCACCCCGCUGGUGUUGGAGGUGUUUGGCAGUGAAGUGUCCUAGGGGGCUGCCUCUGAACCUCAGCGGUGGAGAGGAAGCUGGAGACAAGUCCCCUGGGGGUAAAAAAUGGAGGGAGGGAGCUGAGGAUGUGCUGGAUGGACUAAACGCAGGUGUGGAGUAUGAAGCAAGUGGAAGAAAGAAAGUGGUGCGUGUGAGUGAGUGCGUGAGUGAGUGUGUGUGUGUGUCUUCGUGUAUUUGUCAUGUUUAAAGAAGUUUAUCUUGGCAAAAAGGCCAAGGUUGUAUGGAGAGCAAGCAGAUGUUAAGAGACACAGUAAACAAGGGAACUUCAUAUAAUACAAAUUAAACUAUACAUACGAUGUCUGCCUAUAUACAGUGUUUUUGUCUGUAUUUAAAUCAACCAACAGCUGCUUCAAAUGCCUGGACAUUUUGUGUGUGUACAUGUCGUGCACACACCCACACAACAAGCAUACUCAGUUAUUCAUUUAGCCAUUCAGUUGAGCUACCUCUUGGUUUUACUGGGGUUGUUUUAUAUUUACAUCACCUAUGUGAAACAGUAACUUUUACACAGAACAAUUUAGAUACAGCAAAGAUGACAUUUCAGUUUAUCAGUGCAAAAGCAGUGCCUGCACAUUACUUUAAAUGUUUGAUGUUUCAGAAUACUUUAUUGUUAUUAUUGUUUGUUAUGUUUUGUUUUGUUUGUUUUUUUUUUCAUCAUCUGCUUCUCUCCAAGGCAGCGUAUGUAUAUGACUGUGUAUACGAUUCAAACACAUGCCUUUCACCUUUCACCAAAGGUAUGGUCAACUACUUUCUCAAAAGCUUCCAGUACCUAAAAACAACCUUGCUGCUCCGUGGCUUUUUUUCACGCAUGCAGCCAAUCGACAUGCUAGCAAGUUGUCUGACUAGCAUCACAACCUAUGAAGGAAAAAUGUCAUUAUUUAGGUUUAUAAUGCAGAGUACAGAAUAUAUAGUCUUUGAUUUUGGGGUGCCUGGUUUUGAGGUGAGAAUUAGCCACUAAAUGUGUUAGCUACUUUUACACUGCUAACUGUCAAUCAAACCAAGUCCGCAUUAUGGCUUGUUACUCUUUUUUUUUUUUUUUUUUUUUUUUCUUUUCCUUUUUUUUGUAAUUGUUUUUCCUUCUUCUCUUUUUUUUUGAAUUGUUUUCCCUGUAAAUAGUUAAUUGCUACCACAUGUAUCCUAAGCACUGUUAUACCACCUUUUACUCAAGCCUAUGUAUUGAUAUACAGUAUCUAUAUUAUCACAGAUUUUAAAGGGCUAAAAUGCCAAAUCUAACUGGAAUAGUAAAUCAAGGCCAAAGCAAGAGGCCUGACUUGUUUAAUAUAUAGCUGCAUACCAUACUUGGAAUUGGCAUAGAUAUGGAUGUAAUUGCAAUGGAUGCUUUUUUUUGUUCUGUUUUUUACGUCAUUUCACCUUUAAAAACAAUUCCAUGAAUUGUUCCUCCUCAGUAUACAGUGAGCUCGGUGGGUGGAGAGCUUGGGAAGCUGCUUCAGACCUCCACAAAUAUCACACCCCUUUCGUUUCUGACUGGGAAGUGGAUUUUCUAGAAUGUCUGAGGGCCUGGUUGUGGCGGCGGUGCGCACCUCUUCGCCCAGGCCCUCCUGUUUGAUGAUGUAUGCUGCGCAGCCCUCUAGUGGCUGCAUCAUGUAAAUACCAGGUAUAUAUAAUAUGUCCGCCGCUGUACAUAGGGCUACAUAGAUAUUUCUCAAGGCUAAUUUUUUCAAAAAUAUAUAUGCAAAUACAAUAUUGACCCUUUUUUGUUUUUGAUUCAUUAUCACUAUGUUUUGAGACACUAUGCUCUUUGUUUUUGACUUUGAACAUGUAUUUGGUAAGAAUGAGUUAGGAAUGGCUUAAACAGGGAUUGCUUGCGUAUUUGACACAGUCAAAUUAUUAUUUUGUUUAGUGGUGGGUUGAUGUAUUUGACUAAUUUCCAAGGUUUAUUUUCAGAAAGAGGACAAGCUAAACAUACCGUGCUGCUCUCUAAUAUAAGCCAUAUAGAUCACCAAGCUAGUUAUACACCGAUACAUUACCGUGCAUCGAAAUGAUGACUCCAGAGCCUCGGAUAUUCUCAUUAUAAUAUCUACUAAACUCAUAUGCUAUUUAUCUAUGGCUUUGGAAGAUUCUUUUAAGCUUGUCUGCAGUAGGAACUCAUAUGCCUUCUCUCUGCUGUCAGUCAUCUUUGGCUUAUGCUUCAUCAGACAGCAUCUAAUGGCUUAUAAACCAAACUUCCAAGAGAAUUUAAAUGCUUAGGUUUAGAGGCCAGUUGUGUAUGGCUUGCUGCAUUUGGGAGUAUGGUAAAAUUUACAUCAAGUGACGUCUCUUAUGUCGAGACAGUUCCCCAAAGAAGUCAGUUUCCUUCCCAGUGUGGAUGAUUUCCCUUAGAGGCCACUUGGCUGGAGCCAAAAAAGUCUCUUUGAGAGGGAAAUAAUUUGCAGAGAUGAUAUGAUGAUGAUGAUGAUGAUGAUGAUGAUGAUGAUGAUGGUCUCUUUUUGUCUUCUAUUUGCUGUGUGGCAGAAGACAUCUGUUCAAACGGUUCCUGUGAUUGGCCAUACGGGCUUCCUAUGUCAGGCCUAGAGCUUCCUGUGACAUCAUCUCAGCAGACCAGGGCUACUCUGUAAUCUUAGUGGAAGAUUGUGAGAGAGAGCAUACAGUAUGUGUAUGUGUUACUCAUCCGUUGACAGUUGAGACAGUUGGCGCUUUAAUCUGUUCAGCCCAAAUGGGUUCUACCGUAGGAUCUCAAGUCCAUUCUCCCGUCACUGUGGCUUUGUUCCAACAUCAGCUACCAGUCACUGUGACACCCUGCAAGCCGGCAGUCGGGGCUUAACGUAUAGAUGAUUUGUAUAGCCCAGAUAGUAAAUAGAUUUUGGAUGUUUCCAUAUUCCUGUAAUCAUGAGUUUGGUUUUCUUCCUGAAAUCAUCGGGAUUAUAUAGUGUGUAUAUAUAUAUAUAUAUAAUUCCAUGUGUCCCACAAAUUUCCCUGCUGUGAUUGAACUUUAAGGAGUUGAGGCUCGAGUGUCUCUAGGCAGUACCACUCAUAUGUAUAGUAUGUCAGUUUGAUGAGGGGUAUGAUGUGCUUGGUUACUGAACACUGACUUUUGAAGUUUUUGAAAAGUCUCCAUGUUGAUUUUUCUGAAUACAUACUUCUGUAUGUAGAUAUUGGUUUGAUUUUGUUCUAUUGUCUUCUUUGAGAUAGAGAUGCAGUGUUGAUUUGUGUAUGUUUAAUACAGUGGGAGGUUUGGUGAACAUGCAAGUGCCACAGGGAGAGUUCCCUCCACACAAGAACAGGGUAAAAGAGGAGUUGCUCUUGGGGAUCUAAAAACCGAACGGGAAAAUUUUUGAAGAUGUAUCAUAUAGCCGUUAAUUGUGACAGGGAAAUUCUGACUGGAGGUUUUAUCGUAAGCGGGAAACCCCCAGUUUCCCCUUUUUGUUGUUUUUCCUCAUCCGUCACACUAUACAUAACAUGCAGAUACAGUUUAAUGUAAAUAUGGUGCAUCCCCAGGUUUUCCUGUUUGGUUUUACCAUGGUAGGCUGCUCAGAAUCUGUAAGUUUUAACUCUGCAUUGUGGUUGUUCAAAUAUUGGAACUUGAAAACUAUCCGGCGAUGGAAAUCUACCACAAAUGAGAUGCAUCCAUCUCUGUUUAGAUUCCCGUUACCCUCAAGAUUGGCAACGUAACACAGUAACAAUGCAAUAUACAACUCAUGGUACACUAUCACCAGCAAGCUUUACAGUUUAUCAAGUUAGUAGACAUUUUUGAAGUUUUUUGUAUAACUGUUGCCAUUACAAACCCUGUCUGUAAAACAUGUAUGAUAUCGUUUGCAGAAAAAACCGCUGGCCAUCUCCCACGCUAAAGGCUCUCAAGUCUUUAUUUUUGUUCCUCCAAUUAGGACAGGGAUUGUAAUGGAAUCAACUUAAUGUAGUUCUUACAAAAAAGGAGUGUCCACAAUGGAUGUACACCAUAAUCUACCUAAAAAACCUACCUCUUUUAGCUCAGAUUUUGCUUUAGCAUUAAGCAUUUGCCUCUGUUUUUACUUUUGUAAUAUUUGUAUUCAUGUUGGUAUUUAUUGCUGUCUAAUGAGUCAUACUUCAAUGAUUACCUCAGAGAUAUCUCACAGAUUUGGGAGAGUCCAGCUAAUGAAGUCAUUCAUAGUUUUUUUUUUUUUUUUUUUUUGUACAGUUUUUCUUCUCAGACUUAGCAUUGCCUUUUUUUUCUUUUCUUUUUUUUUUACGCACAAAAUACCAGGAGUGUUUUUAAUAUAGUGCCUGCACUCUGACCAACGGGGCUCAGACUGGCUAGGAUGAGGCUGCACUUACUCUAAAAGUGACAUCUCUCUCUUGCAACUUUGUCCUUGGGAUAUCUAGGUGGUUUUCAGCAACAGAUGCAAUUAAUCUUGUUGCCACAUUGCUGAUAUCUACCUUAUCUUUUUUAGUUCUUAAGGGCAAAUUGAGGAGAGGAACUUUGCGGAGUGAGUGCGGCUGUAAAGAAGGAACAACCUGAAAGACUUUGUGGCAGUAGGAGAAAUGAGAGGUGUGUUUGCGCUCCACUUGGUACUGUUAGCAUGGUCUUUGCUCUGUAGUACGCCAUCCUUACCUUGUCCCUCUUACUCGCCCCGUCAUUUCCUCCAUACACCUCUCCAUGUCUUCACCUCUCCUUCUGUCCUAAAGUCUGCUCCUGCACCUUCAUCAUUCCCUGCCGAUGUUUGGUCAAAUGAGGGGAAUUAGGAGAGGUGAAAUCCUCAGUAUCCAUGCAAUGCUGCUUUUAUCUUGAGCAUCACCAAGUCGCGUGUCACUGACACAACAUAAUGUGGGCAUCGUCCAAAGUGUCGGCCCCCAGCGGCACGACAGGCCUCAUUGGAAGAUUGUGUCUUUUGAAAUGUACGCAACUUAGUGGUGCUUAUUGGAAAAAAAAAAUUCCAUUCAGAUCCUAGUAUCAUAUUAACGGAGCAACUACUCACUUUGGUGAAUUUAAACCAAGUUUUUUUGUAUUCAUGUCAAACUGCUUCAGGUAAACACUGAAUGAAAUUAAAGAGUUUUUAUUAAUCAGUGAAUACUAAGGAACAAUGUCGCCAUGGUCACAUCUACCCUGAGCUGUGUGCCAUAUGACCCUUUUAAUGCAGGGGGAGGGUGUUAACGAAGCUGGCUUCAGAUGUUCCCCAGCUUCAUUGGAAUGGGAAGGUUGUCCGAGUGUGAGAUUGGCUUAUUGCUUAGUACUCUGUCAGCCAUGUAUAUUGAUCUUUUAUAAAGAGUAAAUUUGAAUUUGGCAUUGAAUUUCUAACCCUGCGUUGUGAACCCAAAUCAUUGCCACAUUCAAUUAAAUGCCUGAACCAACAAAAGCACUUAAUGUAAUGUUUGUAACACAUGCAUACUGAUGAAUCUACUAGCCAUAAACUGCCUGUGUAGGUCAGCAUGAUAUGGCUCCAAUUAUCAAAAAAAGUCACCUAAAUUCUAAUGUAAUUGCAAUUUACCUUUUGUCUCAUUUUUUUUCAAAGAUCUUCUUUUUUCUAUUAUAAAUUGGUGUUUAUGUAAUGUUAUUUUUGUCAGAUGUUUUGCAAAUCAAAAAUAAACAGUUGUACAUA